GUACUAUGUGGCAUUGCUAUUAGCAAAGAAAAUCACCUUUAGCUGAACGGAUAGCAUAGUGUCUCUUCGAGCUUCCUCUUCUGUUCACUAUUAUGUCGAAAGCUCUAUUAGAUAAAUACCUUGGACAGGAACAACAAACGCUCAAUCUUUUUCUGAGCAUUCUUGCCGCCAUGCUUGCACUCUACUUGAUACCUCUUAUCUACGUGACCUAUAAGGCGCUCUCGGCAAUUUCUCUAGUCAAAAGAACUCGAAUCCCAGGACCCUGGUACACGAAUGUCACGAGCAUUGCGCUGAAAUAUCACGAAUUUUCCAAGAAUAGGCGACUCUGGAUUCAUUCGCUUCAUGAAAAAUAUGGCCCGGUAGUGCGACUUGCACCAAAUGAGGUAUCAUUCAACAAUCUAGAAGGCUUGAAGGAGAUCUACCAGAGUGGAGGGAGUGGUUUCGACAAGACGGAGUUCUAUGACCUUUUCAAGCAGUACGGUCAUAGGACGAUGUUCUCUACAUUGAACAAACACGAUCAUGCUGAAAGGAAGAAGCUCUUCGCUGAUCGUUACGCGAUGACAAACGUCAUGCGCCCGGAAAUCAUUGACGGAAUCCAAAAGCGGGCAAUGGCAGUCGUGGAGAAAUGUCGAGAGUCCGUUGGAAAAUGCCUCGAUGUCUAUGUUACGUUGCACUGCUAUGCUCUAGAUGGUGCUUCUCAUUUUCUUUUCAACCCAGGAGGAACAGACUCGCUCAACAACCCCGACGAUUUCAAGCUCAUGCAGGAGCUGACCUAUCAUGAUAGCAUCCGGGCACGCCUUGUUGCAUAUUAUUGGCCAGCCAUAGAUAAACUCGCUGUUCUCUUCAAUCACAAGAUAAUUCCUCUCUCGAGGAAUUAUUGCCUCGAUCGAACCAACGCGGACAGUCCCGCGGAAACAUCACUGAUCAGCAAGCUCCACUCUAAAUCUUCAUCCAUAUCUAGAAUCGAAAUGGCUGCAGAAUGCAUGGAUCAUCUGGCCGCCGGCAUUGACACUACUGGAGAUGGGCUGUGCUUUCUAAUGUACGAGCUGUCGCUUCCGCGCUCUCAGCAUAUCCAAAGCCGACUCCGAGACGAAUUGCUUGCAAAUCCCAAUGCGAAAUUGAAUGACCUGCCAUAUCUUGAGGCGGUCAUCAAGGAGGGUUUGAGGCUAUUUCCUCCAAUCCCAAUGAGUCACCCGCGAUACGUACCGGGGCCAUCAUCGCGGAAAAUUUGUGGAUAUAAUGUUCCUGCAGGCACCAUAGUUAGUUGCCAACCCUAUUCGUUACAUCUUUUGAACGAGUCAACAUGGGGAGUUGGAGAAUUUGAUCCUGCGAAAUUUGUGCCGGAACGAUGGCUUGACGCUGAAAGGGCUCUUGAAAUGAACAGAUUAUUCCUCUCUUUUGGCGCUGGUGGACGUGGUUGCAUAGGCCGCAACUUGGCUUUGAUAGAAAUGAAGACCCUGCUUCGGGAAGUAUACACGAGGUUUGUGACAAAGGUAGCAAGUGAGAUGGAAGGGGAUAUGAGCAUAAGCGACCAGAUUAUCGCAAGCAGGCCGAAAGACCAGACUUGCCUACUUAAUUUCGAACCAAUCGGAUGCAAGGCUUGA